AUGACGGACCCAAUCACCCCACAAAAAGAUGAAGAUCCUCCUCCUGUCACAGCUAGUCCAACAACAUUCGAUUAUUUCUCAAAACUUCCCACAGAGCUCCGACUUAAGAUCUGGGAGUAUACCUACCCAGAAUUUCAGAUCCAUUAUAUCAUCCCCGGCCCUGAUGAAAGACAUCCUUGUGGCCGACCAGAAGGAUGCCAAGUUAUCAACUUCCCAAACAUCGCAUCGCCACCUCUACCAGCCGCGUUGCUCGUCAACCGCGACUCUCGGAGUCUUGCCCUUGGGCAAUUCAAGUCUUUUCCAAGAUUUCCUUCGGAAGCCUUUGCGCCCGAGGAAAUGCCUCAUGGGUACUUUAACCCCAGAACUGAUUAUUUGCACAUCCCGAACAAAAUGCGCAAUGGGAAUUGGAACUUCGCAAACGCGCCAUUCCCUCAGCUCAUCUUUUGCAUCAGUAAACAAGACGCCGCCUACCCAGUUCCUGGGCCUCGGUCUUUGUACCCCGAAGCGAAGGAGCAAGGAACGGGAAUAAUCAAGCUGUCUCAACAGCGAUUAUCCCUCGGCUUGUGGACGCCCUUGUCGCCAACAAUAACGCUCGUCAUUGUUAAUAGAAGCGAGAAAACGGGGCGACGCUGUUAUCACAUAUGGCCUGCCGGCGAGCCACCGAGGAUCAUAAAAAAUGACGUUAUCGAGGCUUUCAAUAGUGAGGGAGAGCGCCGAUCAAAAGGACCAGCCUUGACGUGGGCAAAAGAAUUGCGUGAAGCGAUAAUGGAUGAACUUGGUGAAGAGGAGGAUAACGAUAGGUUUAUCCCCCGGGUUCAUUUUGGACGGAUGCGCUUAUUUUGCAAGUGUCCAAAUGCUAAAAGGGAGAUUGGAGACAAUGGAGGCUGGGGACCUAUUUAA